AAUGAUUUUUGUUUAUAUAUAUAUAUAUAGCAAUGUCAAACCAAGAGCUUGUCGAUGCUGGAAUGAGGAGGAUGGACGAGACUGACCAGGCUAUUGAACACCCUAAACAGGUUGUUCAUCAGACAGUGGAAAUCGAUACUCAAACCGCAGCUAAUUUAAAGGGCCAGGCGGAUCAAAUGGGCCGGGUUGGGAAUGACCUAGACACAAUUCAGUUCUCUAUCAAGAAAGCUUCAAAGCUGGUUAAAGAGAUAGAAAGACAGGUUUGCAUAAUCUAAUCUCCCUGGAGAUAAGUUUCUCAAUGCAAAAGCUACUGAAGCUGUAGCUACAGAUACGUGCAUAAUGAUGUUCCUGUUUCU